AAACGCGUCUGGGACGUGUCUUGGUCUUCGAGUAAAGAAAGCGGACAUUGAAACACGUCAAUUCACAAAAGUCGCUUGUCUGUUACGCGCAUUCGCUUUCCUACAUCAUCAAGUAUAUCUUUGCGGCUCUUUGUGGAAAAGUUCCUCUUCCCUUUUGUACAGUUAUGGGUAACAAGAUCGCGAGGCAGCUCGCGAAAGUGGUGCGAGAGAUCUACAGCAGCGACGAGAGGGACCAAUUGACGGUCAAUUACGCUCGCCAAGUCGCCGAGAGGAGGCUCAAGCUCGAGGAAGGGUUCUUCAAGGAUGGGGAGUGGAAAGCCAAGAGCAAGAAUAUCAUUCUCGACACUAUGGCCGAAAUUGAAGCUGAAUCCUCGGAUGAGGCCACACCCGCUCCCAAGAAGAAAGCUGCUGCCGCACCUAAGCGGAGCAUAGGUGCGGGGAAGCGUCAGAAGAAAGACCCAGCUUCACCUGAGACUAGUGACGCCAGCGACGUAGGGGGUGCACCGGAGCCCCCGGCGAAGAAGCGCAAGACAGCACCAAAGACAAAACGUGAAAGCAAGGUCGAGUCCGAUGACGAACAAUCGGAUGAUACGCAAGGGGAGAGUGUUCAGCCGUCGCCAGAACCAGGGGCCAAACCACGAUCCAGACAACCUGAGGAAAGCUCAAGCGAAUUAUCCGAGCUGCACCGCGAUCUCUCAGAGCAUGUAUCUGUGUCGGAGAGGAAAGAAACACCUAAGCCAGCAACGGAUGACGACGAGUCCGAGUUGUCCUCAGUGGUCGACGAGCCGCCCAAACGCAAGCAAAAGCCCAAAACCACACCCAAGUCCAAGGCCUCCCCCCCGCCCACCGAACCAAAGAACGACGACGGAGCAGCUGACUCCUCCAGCGAGCUCUCCUCGGUGAUCGACGAGCCCCAACCGCCGAAGCGCAAGCGGAAGACCAACAAAGACACCACGGCGCCGCCCAAGCAGACACGCCCGACCAAGGCCAAAUCCUCCUCCGCCACGGCGGAGGUCUCCCCCGACGAAGCGCAGAUCAAAACCCUCCAAUCGCAGCUGGUCAAAUGCGGCGUCCGCAAAGUCUGGGGCAAUGAGUUCAAGCGGCACGGCGCCGACACGCCCAAGGCCAAGAUCAAACACCUGAAGAACAUGCUGGUCGAGAUCGGGAUGACGGGCCGCUUUUCGGAUGCGAAGGCGCGCGAGAUUAAGGAGAAGCGGGAGCUGCAGGCGGAUCUGCAGGAGGUCAUGCAGCGGGAAAAGCAAUGGGGUGUUGGGGGAGGGAGGGGCGAGAAGCGACGGGCGGCUGCUGCUGCUGUUGCUGCUGGGGGGCGAGGUAAGAGUCUGAAGGCUAAGGAUGCGGAGGAGAGUGGAGAAGGGGAGGAGGAUGAGGACGAGGGGAAGAAUGAGGGUGAGAGUGGAGAAAGCGAGGGUGAUGAGAAAGAGGGUCGGAAGCUUGCUGUUCAUCGGAAGGGGCCUGCCAAACGCAGGCCGGAUCUGGCUUUCUUAGAGGACGAGAGCGAGUCUGAGUGAGCUAUCGGAGGAUGGUGGAUUCAUUGUUAAGUAUUCGUCUGUUGAGUUCAAGUAGAGAUACCCUUUGCUAAAGUCAUGCCGCAAGAGCCCACUGUGGCUCUUAGAAAUUUGAUCGGUUGGCAAGUCGCCAGUUCUCGAGUGGAAUCCGGAUGGAGUUGGGUUGAUGAUAUGUCGAGUGUUGACUUUGAAGGGGCAGCCUGUGUUCAUGAGACUUGAGGGAUGAUACAGAUCUUCAGAUAGUCACUUUGGCGGAGUGGUUAACGCGCUGCC